CACGCCCAUCCUUCCCACAAAAUUCAAUAAAAUGGGAGGCUGUGCGACCAAGCCCAAGGAGUCUGACAUCCUUGCCGAGGAUAUCCACACUGAUGGUUGCACCGCUCCCAAGAAGGAUGACGGGGAGACUUCUGCUCAAGGGACCGACAAUGGAGUCGAGAGUCAGAGUGAAGCACCCUUGAUGGACAUCUCCAAGGAGGAGAAUGGAAACCUGUCCUCUGAACCGAAGACCGUUGAAGCCACGCCAGUUUUGGUGGAGGCAGCUGAAGAGGCUACCAAGACAACAACAGAGGACAAAGUUGAAGCCCCUGCUAACGAAUCCAAUGACAAAGUUGAGGCUGUUAAGGAGACCCAAGAGCCGGCAAAGGAGGAGCAAGCUGAGGCCAAGACUGACAAAUCAGAUGCCACUCCAAGCUCAGGAGAUAGAAGUCAUGCACCUGUUGCAACUGCGUGAUGACACUUCCUACUUGACAGAAACAAUAAAUCAAACUAUAAAGAGAUUUAUCAUUGGAAUGACACUUGUCUAAUUUCAGCCUGGUUUGUUGGGAUUCAUUUUAAGAUCUGGAACAAUUGUUAAUUUAUUUUUAUUCGUCAGAUAUGUAUAUUUGGAGUUUUAAUUUGUUGCUUUAUAACACUAACCCAUAUAUCCGGUUUUAGGAA